AUGAAGUUCUCAACCGUCUUCUCUGCCGCCAUGGCUCUGAUGAUGCCCACCGCCGUCUUCGGCCAGAACAUCGGAGACCCAGUCACCACCAGCGUCUUGGUCGUCGAGUACGUUCCAGCUGUCUCGACCUCGACUGUGUACCAGACCACCCAGUUCACCGUCUGGAGCUGUCCACCCGACGUUCUCAACUGCCCGCUCCGUUCGGCCACAUCUCUCGCCAUGGUCACGGCCAUCGUCGGCAUGUCUACCACCAUCUGUCCAGUCACAUUCGUCAGCACUCGCGUCAGCUCAUACACUACACCUGCUACAACCAGCUAUGCAUCGUCUUCACCUGGUGCCACUGUCAGCUCGGCCUCGGUCAUCUCAACUACCUACUCGACUGGCUCCUCUACCAUCACCAUCGGCUCGUCGACCACCAGCUGGAGCUUCUGGUCAACCAUCAGCUACAGCGCCACCUCGACCGAGUCUGUCGUCACCAGCCAAGCCACUCUUUACUCUGGCGGUCCCUCUCUCACAACUGGUGUGACCAUCAGCUCUACCUCGGCAAGCGGCUCGGCUGCAGCAUCAGGCUCUGCUGGUACCGGUCUGGCAUCGACCUCUGCAUCGGCCACCGCUUCAGCAUCGUCUGGCAUCGCUUCGGCUCCAUCUGGCAUCCCAUCAGCAUCAUCCAUCUCGUCGGCUUCAGCAUCCGUCUUUAACCCAGCAGGAGCAUCAUCAUCGUCGGCAGCCUCAUCUCCAUCGGCAGUCGGCAUCACAGCUUCUGCCAGCGCGGUCGUCACCACCAGCGUCGCUGCCAACGGUAGCUCGUACACCAUCUCUUACUCUCCACUGGGCACCGGCAGCCUCACCUCGGUCAUCAGCGGUCCAGGAUCCACCAACAACAUCUCUGUUCCAUCCGGCCCAUCUGGCUCAGGCCCAUUGCCUACCUACACUGGCAUGGCAGGUCGUGAGGCUGUCAUGACUGCCUUGUCUGCUCUUGCCUUGGGCAUGGUGGCAGCUCUGGUUUUUGUUUGA